AUGCGUCUUGAAGAAGGUGGCUGGGCACGCGAGACGACAGUGCGCGAACUAGGCACUUCCAAGGAAUUGGCUGGUGUCAAUAUGCGCCUCGAAGCUGGCGUAUAUCGGGAGCUUCAUUGGCACUCAGAAGCCGAAUGGGCAUAUAUUCUGAAAGGAAGUUGCAGAAUGACAGUUCUGGAUGUUGAAGGGGGAAGUUUCAUUGAUGACCUUGAGGAAGGUGAUCUCUGGUACUUCCCAACCGGAUAUCCCCAUUCGAUCAUUGGCACUGGAGACGAAGGCACCGAAUUCUUGCUUGUCUUUGAUGAUGGAAAUUUUAGCGAAGACUCGACCUUCCUCUUGACUGAUUAUCUUGCUCGAACACCAAAGGAUAUUCUAGCAAAGAACUUCCGUGUGGAUGCUCGCACUUUCGACACACUGUCAAGGCACGAGAAAUAUAUCUUCCAGGGUUCCAUUCCCGGCUCACUUGAUUCUGAUCGCUCUCAAGUCAUUGCUUCUAAGCAUCGAUUUACUCACCGUCUCCUAAAGCAGAAGCCUCUCAAGUUUGAUGGUGGCGAGGUUCGCAUCGUCGACUCAACCAAUUUCCCUAUCUCAAAGACCGUAGCGGCUGCGCACGUCAUCAUCAACCCUGACGCUUUGAGGGAGAUGCACUGGCACCCCAACGCUGACGAGUGGUCAUUCUUCAUCCGCGGCAAGGCCCGUGUCACAAUAUUCGCGUCAAACGGUUGCGCCCGAACCUUCAACUACCAGGCUGGUGACGUGAUGGUGGUUCUGAAGAAUCACGCCCACUAUGUUGAGAAUGUCGGCGACGGGCCUGUGGAGAUGUUGGAGAUGUUCAGAGCACCAAGAUUUGAGGAUUUCAGUGUUGAACAGUGGUUGGCGCAGACACCCAGGACGUUUGUGGCCGAGCAUAUGAAUCUGACAGGAUCAAGAAAGGAGGAAUUCUUGAAAUCGCUAAGCAAGAGUCCUGCGGCCGUCAAGCCACCGUUGAAGAAGAGCAAGAGCCUGAGUGACAUCUGA